CUGUGCACUCGUGAAGGGAAAUAACUCUACUUUCACAUUGCCACAUUGCGAAUGACAACAGAACAAGGAUAGGUUAAAAUCAAUAUUUUCUUGAGGCUCUACGAUAAUGGUUUUCUUUCGUUGAAAGGUAAAAGACACUAUGGCUGCUGCGACUUUGAAACUCCAGCGUGGAGUUUGUUUCAUGUGCAAAAGUUUACAGAGUAAAGUUCAUGUAAUAAAAACUACUUCAACAAGAGGAACACACAAAUACACACAUGUGUCUAUUUCAAAAUCUUACAAUAAAUACAGCUCUGUUUAUAGAGAUUUACAUGGAACUGUUGAUGAUCAAACUAUAGCAAAAGACUUUGUAUAUGCCUUAAAGCCAAUGGAAAGAAAUCUGCUACUUUCAGAAUUACAGAAUUUUGAUUUGUUAAGGAAAACAGAAGGUUGUGAAAUGAAAAUGUUAGAUUCAUCUGGUACAACAUGUACACCUCCAACAGCUGAUCAGCUCAAAAGAGUUUUCAUUCAUAAUGCAUUGCCUUUUAUUGGAUUUGGUUUCCUUGACAACUUCUUGAUGAUUACAGCGGGUGAAUACAUAGAUGUUACUUUUGGUGCUCUUCUUGGCAUAUCAACAAUGGCAGCUGCUGCAUUAGGUAAUCUGCUGUCAGAUGUUUGUGGUGUUGGGUCAGCCCAUUAUAUAGAGGUUCUCUGUAGUAAAUUUGGUGUAAGAGGUCCUGCAUUGAAACCUGACCAAGUAGAUAUGAAACAGACACGAUAUUCAUCCAACACGGGUAAAGCAGUUGGUGUAUCGAUUGGCUGUUUCUUAGGAAUGUUUCCUCUCUUAUUUUAUGGUCGUGCUAAAGAUAAGGAAGAAACCAGUUAACAGUGUUCAACCUAAUUAAUGAAUUGUAAUAGUGAAAAACCUUUAUAACUGCCUUAACCACUCAUAUGUUUGUUAGAUUAUACUGAGCUGCCGGUGGCAUUAUAUUAGCAUAGCCAAUGAUAUUAAGUCAUUUUUUCAUCUCUUUUUCAUUUUUCAUUUCUGCCCUGGUACAUAUUUUGCAAUUAUUUAAAAGAUUUUUCCUUCAUUUAA